AUGGCAACCCCUUUCAUGUUCAAUUCGUCAGCAAAACCCGCUACAAGUACGGGUGGGUCGUUAUUCAAUGCGCAGAAUUCGACAUUAAGCGUAUCGAGCGCGCCUGCCUUCGGAUAUCCUUCGACUACAACUAAUGCCACAGGUACACAGCCCUUCGGUACUACACAUAAUACGGGAUUGGGACCAUCAUUUGGCACCCUGGGAAAUGCCGGGACGUCAACUUUCGGUCAACCUGCUCCAGCGGUCGCCGCUACACCGAAGAUGUUUAACUCAAGGUGUACUGUUAGAUUAUUGACCCAACACGUACCACAAUGGCGUGGUCAUUUCGACAUCGCCGACGUGAUGCUCAGUGCCCAUGAGAAAAGCAUUGUAAAGGUCCGAGGUAUGGUCGACCGUCUAGUUGAGCUUGAUAAACAAUCCUGGGAAUCGCAUGAAAAUAUCAAGAAUUCCUUAAACGGAAUCAGUUUGCUGCAGUCGAAACUGCAACGUGAGGUUAACGAUCGUUGCAAACGUCAGGACACGCAGAAUAUGAUCUCCAUUAAGGCACGCAGAUUAUCGGAGUCGCUACAAACAAAUGAAACACCCCGUGGGAGCAAGGUUUCAGCUGCGUUCCGUGUACCCAACCAUUUACAUGUACAUCUUACAAAGGAGUUACUCGACACAAUAAGGUCGUGGAGGCGAGAGAUUAACGUACUUCAGUUAGAGGUCCUAUCACUUAAAGAUAUCGAGCUGUCACAGUAUGUGUCCACUGUCAAGGUCGUCUUAGGAAGUCACGAUAAAAGAAUUGCAAACAUAGGCAAUAGAGUUACGAAGGCAGUUUCUAGCAUGGAUGUUCGCCUAAGAGACCGCAAGGGGCUCUGGGAGGUUGUUGCCGACGAACCUAGCGAAUUGAAAAAAGCAUUCCUUACAGCUGUGGGACUCCCUGUGAGACCUCCAGUUUCACAAAAUGAUUCUCUCGCAGUGUCAUGCAGUGAAAGUAGUAGGGAAAUAAAGAAACAGAUUGCCUAUCUACGGAAAUUCAACUCCGCGUUCACGGAAACAGGAAAGAGCGCCGUCGACUCGUGUUACAACAUUCGUGAGGUGUUACAGAAACCAACACCACCUCCCACAAGUUCGCAAUUGUUCGGUUCAAUUGCGCCUGUAGGUGCCAUGGUGGGAGGCGCUCCUGCCGGCACCGCUGGUGGGUCCCUGUUUGGGGCGACCAGUACCACACCUGGAACAGGUUUGUUUGGGAGCACCACCGGAAUAGGUCUCUUCGGUACCGCGGCGAAACCAGCUGGUAUCACCGGAACUACAACUACUACUGGAACUACGGGAUUGUUUGGUGCUACUCCCGCCAGCAACACAGGUACAACCGGACUUUUUGGUGCCACUACUACGGGGACGACUGGAACUGGCCUGUUUGGUACGAAUACCGCUACUACCACUGGAACUGGUUUGUUCGGAACAAAACCAACAGGAACUACAACAGGGUCCACAGGAUUAUUUGGGGCGGCGGCAACGACAACAGCUCCUGCUACGACUGGCACUGGCCUUUUCGGGACAACUAACACUAGCACUGGUGUGUUUGGAACGGCCGCAGCGGCGCCAGCUACCACGGGUGCCGGUUUGUUCGGAAGUACCACUGCAGGUACUACAACAAGUACAACUGGAACAGGGUUAUUCGGUAGCGCCGCGACAGCAGCAACGCCCACAGCGGGGACCGGAUUAUUUGGUUCCACUACUACCGGUACCACUGGUACCGGAUCAGGCUUGUUUGGAACAACUGCGUCUACAACAGGUAACACUGGACUCUUUGGUGCCACCAAUACGUCGAGUUCCCAAGGGCUCUUUGGAUCGACAACUGCCACGACAACCGGUGGGCAACAACAACAACAAACGUCCACAACUGGUGGACUAUUCGGGUUGUCAGGUACAGGGACCAACACCAGUCAGCAAACUACUGUUUCGAAAAGCACCGCCAUUGUACCUUACAACCCAAACCCGCUUUUACGAUAA